AUGUCUGAGCCCAACACGCCCCGCCGCCGCUCGAAACGGGGCCAGCCUGUGGUCGCCUACCUCUCCUCGCCCUCCUUCUCUGUGCCCGCUGAGAUCAUCCCCUCGGGCCCGCUUCACUCUCGCACGACCGGCCCUCUUGACUUCUUCGAGGACGAGGACCACGACCCGGACUCCCUCGACGACCUCCACACCCACUUCUACAAAUCAUACUCCCGCAAUAUCAAGCCUACCUCUGCACGUGCCCCGAUCCGGACGUAUGGCCGCGUCUCUCGCCCGCGCAAGAGCGACGCCGAUGCUCCCACCCUCUUCAAUCUCGGCGACACCGUCCUCGUCAAGACCGCCUCACGCGUCCCUAGUGUCGCUGUCAUCACUGCCCUCUGGACGGUCGAAGGAGACGACUUCCGCCCCAAGGCUCCACUCCGCGUGCGCGUCCACUGGUUCGUCCGCCCGGGAGAACUCCCCAAGAUUCGAGCGAGGAGAGAGUUCGACGAGAACGAGGUGCUGUACAACAUAUCCGCCUGCGAAACCCUCCCGCCCUCCGCCAUCCUCACGCAUUGCGCCGUCUCCUCCUCCCCCGCCAAACGCGUCACCGUCCCCGAAGACGCCACGCCCGACGACCUCUACUGCCACCUCGCCGUCGACCCCAUGCGCGGCCUCUACUACGCCCUCGACUGGGACUCCUUCCGUCUCCAGGCGCUCGCCCACCACUCACUGCAUUCCGAAGACGCAGAGUGGCCAGCGGACGACGUCUGGGUGGUGAAGGCGAAAGCGAAGGCUUCCUCGUCUACUCGCGAUGGCGCACAUGGCCCGCGCAAGAAACGCCGCGUGGACGAUGAGGACCGCUCCGAGUCGUCCGACGACGCGUCUGGGGACGAGUUUGAAGCUCCGCUGAGAGACGAGAGUGAAGACGAGGACGACGAUGCGGACGAGGACGACGUCGUCGCCGAGCUCGAGCCCCGCACACCCUCCCGGAAACGCAAGCGCGCGGGGACGUCUACCCCGCGGACACCGCGACGUACAGGCACGGCCUCAACGGCCACCACCCCCCGCCGCCGCGGUCGCGGCAAGGACGCGUCGCUCGCACAGCCGACGCCGCACUCGAAGGCCGCGCUGCGCACGCGCAGGAAGACCGCGCUUGCUGUACGUCCGCCUCCGGCCGCAGCGGGGAUGCUCGAUAUGGACGAAAACGCGGUGCGAGGUCUGGGGGAGGAUCCCUGGCUGAGGGCGAUGCAUGUGCUACACGUGGCGGCAAGGCCGGGGGCGCUGCCGUGCAGGGAGGCGGAGUAUGGGCGGGUGUUGAGGGCGGUGGAGGAGUUGCUGGAGGAGGGGAGUGGCGGGUGUAUUUAUAUUUCGGGCGUGCCGGGGACGGGGAAGACGGCGACUGUGCAUGCUGUUGUGCGGGAGCUCAAGCGCAUGGCUGAGCAGAAUGAAGCAAACCCGUUCGCAUACGUUGAGAUCAACGGGCUCAAGAUCCCCGAGCCCGCCGCAGCGUACGGCCUGCUCUGGGAGGCCGUCUCCGGCCACGACGCCGCGCGCGACGGGCACAUGAAGAUCGGCGCGAAAGAGGCGCUCCGGCUGCUCUCGCAGCACUUCAGCGGCGCCGCGCGCGUCGGGCCCGCCGGCGGCCACGCCUGCGUGGUGCUGAUGGACGAGCUCGACCAGCUGAUGACGACGAAGCAGGACGUGGUGUAUAAUUUCUUCAACUGGCCGACGCUCGCGCGCUCGAAGCUCGUCGUGCUCGCGGUUGCGAACACGAUGGACCUGCCUGAGCGCGUCAUGUCUGGUCGGGUUCGUAGUCGGCUCGGGAUGGUGCGCAUCAACUUCCAGCCGUACACGACGCCGCAGCUCGAGCAGAUCGUGCGCGCGCGGCUGGCGGGCGCGAGGCUCGGGCUGCCCGCGGAUACCCAAGAGGUGCUUGCCCCGGAUGCGCUCAAGUUUGCGGCGAUGAAGGUGUCGUCGAUCAGCGGCGACGCGCGGCGCGUGCUCGACAUCUGCCGGCGCACGGUCGAGCUCGUGCAGGCAAGGAAGCGGACGGCAAGGACGGAGGACGUGAAGGCGGUGAUCAAGGAGAUGCAGAACAGCCCGACGGCGGCGUACCUGCGCGAGCUGGCGUUCCAUGAGCGGUUGAUGCUGGCGGCGGUGCUAAGGUGUGUGAGGAAGGAGGGCGUCGAGGAGAUCCAGUGGGCGAGCGUGCAGCACCAGCACCUCGUGUAUCUGAACCUGCUCGGGGGCUCGGGGAACGACGCGGACCCGGACCCGGUGCGUCGCCCGAACGCGGACGAGCUGGGGCAGGUGCUCGAUGCGCUGCUCGCGGCGCAUGCGCUGAUAUGUGAGGACGGGCCGGCGGUGGCGCGGAGGGCGGAGGGCGAGCGGCGGGUCGCGCUGAACUUGGAGUAUGCGGAGGUGGAGCGGGUGCUGGGCGAGGUGGGUGGGCCGAGGUGGCGGAAUGCGCUGAAUGUGUGAGGGUUUGUUUGGUGGGACGGUAGGAUUGUUGUUGGGUGGGUUUUUGUGGUUUUGAUUGAUGAGAGAG